AUGAUGAUUAGUCAAUCAAAGUUUUUAUAUCAAAAAGUUGUACUGAUGAAGAUUGGAGCAUAUCGUAUUGAGCUUCAUCAAGGCAAAUGCUUACAUAAAUAUACAACAAACGACUUUUCAAUAGAUAUUCGGAUAGCAAAAAUCGAUCUAUUGAUUGUUAGGAUAGGAAAACAGAAACACUUUAGGGACUUCAUAAUCACCGGAUUGGAGUUGCUUUUCUUAUAUCUCACCACAGGCUAUAGCUAA